AUGGAAAUAUCUUUGCAGGAAAGCGAGGGUACUUUUGGCAUUGUGCAACCUUUUCCUGAAAAUAUCUUCCCUUUGGAGUACACUACAGCCAGUGUUACUUGCAUUGCCUUUGAUGCAUCUGGAGUAAGAGAACCCGAGGAAAUCUUGUUUUUCAGGAGAGAUGAUUUAAAUAUCUAUACGGAGUUGAAACCGAGCGAAAAAUUAUCGUUUUCACACCGAACGGAAUAUUUAGAUGGAAACCCUAAACUUUUUAACACCAUGACAAUCACGAAUGUGGGAAUUGAAGAUGACAGUCAGUAUGGAAACAUUGGAAGUUACGAGUGCCAUGCUUUUGCCAAGAAUGAAUCAACCCCGAAGAGACACGGUUUUAGUAUUAGCGUUAUAACAAGAGACGAAAUCCCUAAACUUGUUGUGGUCCCACAUACCAAUUUCGUCGAUAAGUUAACACUCAGCUGCAGCUUAACUAAAAGAGGAAACAAGAACAGCACUCCAUUGAAGAGGAUAUCUUGGUAUAAAAAUGGAAAAUUGUUGAUGAGUUUACAAAAUCCAGAUCCAGAAAUUGAAAAGGUUCUUAUCGCUCCACUUAAGUUUGAAGAUGUUGGAGUCAGAGAUGGCGGAAACUAUACCUGUCUGUUGGAAGUAAAUUUACGACACAUCAAGAGCUACAAGGUCUCAGAUUACAUUGUAAUUCACAUUGAACCAUUGUUUAAAGAUAAAGAUAAAAAAAUAGUCAAGGCAAAGCCGGGAGACAAUGUAACUUUGGAGUGCAGUGCCAGAGGAUACCCUCUGAAGGUGGAAUGGAAAUUAAAGAAUGAGCGCGACGAAACAGUUACAUCUUGCAUAAAUUCUUCGACGGACGAGCAUUACAAUGUCACCCAUAACGGACCUUACGAUCCCUAUUACUUGACCAUCACGGACAUGAGCAAAGUUCACUUUGGAGUUUAUUACUGCUGUCUGCAAACAGGCUGCUUUAACAACAUCACUGAAGAUCAGUGUCAGCGCUUUGACCUCGUUGAAGCCGGAGGUUCAUCAUUAGCGUUAAAGGUACUUCUUGAUAUAAUCCAGUCCUUCGGUUUCUUUGACUACUUUGACUUUAAGGCUUUUCCAAUUUUUUUAGAGACAGAGGAAUAUAAUUCGUUACAUGCAUUGUCUGUUAUUCUCUCUUUUAAUUUAAUUUUAUGUUCCUCCAUUUUAACCAUUUACCUUUUUUUCCAAGGUGAUUUUGAUCAGAUGGCUGGGACGAUACCUGUGGUCUUGCAUGACGUAUUCCUCAUCUUGGCUGUCUCUGUCAUGCUGCUUUUAUCUCUGUAGAAUCAUCGUUAGUUUCUAGCAACGAAGUCACACAUUUCGGCAGAAUGACGCGAAAUAAAGCGACAAGAAACAACAAAAACUUGAAAGCUGCCUUCCUUUUCCCUUCGUCUUCUCGUUAGUUUAUAUUUCCGUAAACCUAAAAACAGAUUAAAUUACAGCGGAACCACAACAGCCCGCUUAAAGCCAUAGACAAUGAUGUCAUUUAUUCUUUUUUCAGAAAAAAAAUCUACAGAAAUUACCUUAGAAAGUUAAUCGCUUCAUGUGAGACAUAGGGCUUUGCCGCAACGUCCGGUACAUAAUAUUUUCUUUGUAGCGAACAGAAACUCUACAUCGGAAAGAGCAAUCGGGAACUGUACUGAGCAAGUUUUUUCUUGAAAUCGCUUGAGUCUUAGCGUAGAAGGCGUGGUGCUUUCAAAGGAUAUUAACAAAGCCCUGAAACAUUAAUAUAAGAAUAGUUUCCUUUUCUAUCUUUAACCAAAAAUGAAAGGGAAUGAAAGAAUCUUUGCGAGAUUCUCGCUGCUAAACACGCACCCACCUCCUGCUCGAGACACCUAUUACAAAGUUGGGGAAUAUUUUGGAGUGGAACCUCUUAGCUAUACCAAAGUUAUAGUUAAAAUUUACAGAUACAAUUUUCGUAGAAUCCUUUUCUUUCAUAGUAGAAAAUAGAUCUCUUUGUACAUCAUUUAUCAUUAUUAUAACCAAUUGGCACAACUUAAGUAUUAUUUGUGGCAAUGCGCAAGAUAGAAGCCAAUUUCGUGACGACCUCAAGAGUGGUAAAAAUGUCAUUUUCUUUGUUCAGAAGUUCGCAAGCGCCACAAUACCAGGAUAAUUUCUUUCGGAAACUUAUUGUUAGUUUGCAGCACAGAAUUCGAAAUGACUGGGAAUUUUGGAACUCGCUCCAGCAGCUUAGCAGAAAAUAAUUAUUUGAAGUCGACAUCUUUGUUUUAGGCCCGGUUCAGACGCCGUACCUCAGCUGCGCCGAAUUGAAAUCCACGAUAGGCGGACCAAAAUUAGUUAAUUCUAGAUUAAUUGAUUCAAACACCGAACUAUAUUCGGCCGAAAUUAAUUAAUCGAAGAAAAUUAAUAUUUGAUCAUUGGUUUAGCAUACAAUUGUAAAAGUGGCGGACGUCAUGGAUUCCGGCAGCAAU